CCUGACAAUAUCAAGGUGAUGAUGCUGGUCACAUACGUCACAUGACAUCCUGAAACCGUUCGGAUUCUAGAUACGUGUCAUGUCCAUAAGACUACUCCGUGCGAACUUCACCAGCAGCCAGACACGACCUGCGAGAACAACUGCACACGGCCUCGUGUCACGCCGUUCGUGUUGCCUCACGAUUCGUUUCAACUUCACCAUCACUAGUAUCGGUAGCUAAGACCACCGUUGCCGAGGCGUCAUGCUCCCUGACCAGUAAUGAUGCAGUUGCAGAGUGUGCAGAAUCCGGUCUGUGCUUUCAUAAGCAGGAUCACCAGAGAUUCGUUUCUGCGGCCUCAUGUUUUGCAUUUAUGAGGAGUCAGGCGACGGAGGACUUUCCAUCGGUGGCAGACGGGCUUGCUAACGCGUUCUAGGACACACGUGAUCAGUUGACACGGGUAUCAGCUGACACGGGUAUCAGUUGACACGGUAUCAGUUGCGUGUCAGUUCACAUGGUGUCAGUUGACACGGCAUCGGUUGACACGAGUCGUCCCUCGAGAUUGUCUCUAACGAUCACGAACUGCGGAUGCGGUAUAAGACGCAUCGGUAGAGUAUUGUACCGGUCAUGACAGCACGGCAGAGUUAAUAUUGCGAAUUUCCCUUCAAUUGUAAAGGUAGAGCGUUGCUCCCCAACAUGGCGCCAUCGUCCGGCGGAAAGGGGGAAGCGGGUAAGGGGGAGCACGGGGAAAGGACAGCGGGGGCCCGCGGGGAAGGGCGGAGUGGACUCGCGGGACCAGCAGGCGGAGGCGGAAGAGGACCAGGGGGAGGCGGAAGUGGAUCAGGGGGAGCCAUUACCCCCGGGAUGACGGAGAAGCAGCUGCAGGCGCGGUGGGAGCGGAUAGAGGAGGCGCUGGGGGAGCUCCCGGAGGAUGAUGAAGCGGAGGAGAAACUGAUGGCGCUCAAGGGGAAAUGGUUCACAGAUGCCUUCUCCUUCCUCUCAUCGCUCCCCCCCGCCUCCCACCUCUGGUGCCGCCACCGCACCCUCACCCAACCCCUUCUCGAGCCCUUCUACCACUACCUCUCGGGCCCGCCUGAGACCCGCGCCACUCUCCACGCCCUCUGGCAGCGCAUGGCGAAGGAAAUGCGCGCGUGCACAAGGUGUGUGGCGCGGUACCAUGCGGCCAAGCGGGUGUACGAGGAGGAGUAUGUGGAGGAGGUGGUAGGGCCCGUGCUGAAAACGCUGAGAAGGCUGGAUGAGGAGAGGGUCGGGGGGGAGUUGAAGGCCCUGCUGGGCCGCGCUGGUGGGGGGAGUGGCACUGCUGGCUCUGCUGCUGGUGCUUCUGGUGGUGGUUCUGGUGCUGGUGGUGCUGGUGGUGCUGGGAAUGGCGACAGGGGAGGGCAGGCAUUAGACGCGGAGAGGGACGGGCCGGGGGUGAUCUGUCUGAUGUUCGAGCUGCUCAUGUACCCGUACCUCCUGGAGGACGCUGAGGUGUUCGCCCUUGCUGGUCCCGCUCUGGUGCUUGUGGAGAGACACUUUGAUUUGUCUCUCACCCCAGGGCAGAGAUACCCGGGCCUCUACUAUCUCAUGCUGCACCCUAGCAAGGACACUCGAGCCAUUGUCUAUACCCUGGCCAAACCCCUCGGCCUCUUCAAAACAGCAGCAGAUCUGAGGCCUAUCGACCCCUUGCUGCAGCAGUGCAUGCACGCCCUCGAGUACGACCUCUUCGAUACUGGCAUAGGUGCAGGAACGGACACAUUUGGAGGGACAGGAACAGGGCCAGGAGCAGGGGCAGGCUUGGGAAGAGCCAGUGCUGCUGUUAACGCCAAUCCCAGUGCACAUGGAGGUGGUGGUGAGAGGGAGGGGCGGGAGCGGCCUCGAGUGGUGCAUACAAAAGAAGACAUGUGGCAGGGGUUGCUAACCAUUCUCUCUCUCAUGGCUCCGCCAGCUCUGGACGAGGGUGUGGUGGAGCGCUACCCAGCCUUCGUGAGCAUCGUGCUCAACCACGUGGGGGAGGACACCUCUGUCUUCCGACCCGCGUUGGCGUGCCUUAGGAUGAUGCUGCAAGUGACGGGCUACAAGCUCUGGUUGCAUUCGGCCUUUCCCCCUGGUGUAGUCCGGAAUACACUCAUUUCUCAAUGCUUCAACUCCACUCACGAGCCCACUCACAAGCUGCUGCUCGACCUGCUGCCACCCUUCCUACAGUCUGUGGAGUCUUUGGAGACGGAGGAGUUUGAGAGGCAGCGCCGCAGCAUCCUCUUCUUCCUGCUCAUUCAACUCCCCAACAGCCGCAACUUCAGCACCACCACCAUCAAGAUCGCCCGCCGGAUCGCCUUUCACCUCAUCCUGCACUCCUACCUGCUCUCCCCGCCUCUCCCCCCCACCGACUGUGCUGACAUCUGGGGCCCGCCGCUAGUGGGCGCAGUCAAGGACGCCUCCCUGCCCGACCCCCUGCGCCUGCCAGCCGUCCAUCUCGCCCAGGCCAUCCUCACUGCCGACGCUGCUGCCCUCACCUCGCUCGCGCUCUCCCGAGCCUUCGCAGGUGCUUCGGCGCGAGGUCUGGUCUCAGGUUCGGACUUAGGUCCGGCGUGUGUCCCGAGCGUGUUUUCACGGGCUCUGGUUUGCCCAGGGGAUGCAGAGGGGGGAGGAGAGGGAGGGGAGGGGGGUGGGGGUGGGGGUGGGGAUUGCAGGGGUGGUGAUGGUGUUGUUGCUGGUGGUGUGGAUGCUUCUAGUACAGGCCAGUCUUGCACUUCCUCCUCCUCCUCUUCCUCCUCUUCCUCAAUUUCUGAGGGUUUGCCCCAAGAUCAGUUGGACAGGCUUGCUGAGCUGGCGGCAGCAGAGAGUGACAGGUGGCAGUGUGCGCCAGCGCUGUGGGUGGAGCUGCUAGAGCGCACCCCGCCCCAGUGGCUACCAAAACCGUUACUGAGAGCAGCCGUCUGGGUGGCUGGGCACUUCUGCCUCUCUGCUUCCGCUGCUGCUGCUGCUGCUGCUGUUACGUCCGCUGGUAGUAAACCUCUGGUUACUAGCAGCCUUGCGGUUACCAGCAGUGCGGUGGUUACAGCGGCGCUGCACUGGAGAUUGGCUCCUGGAGCUGGAGGGGGGGGCCGAGGAGCGAAAGCAGGGUGUGUCAAUGCGGUGGUAGCAGCGGCACAUGAGGAGGAGCUGAGCGUCAUACUACAGAGGAGUGUGUCCUCUUGUCUCGUCCAGAUCAGAGGUGCCAACCGGCUCAAGCUGCUGACGUGGCAUGCCAGCCUGGCAGAGCCACUCAUCUUCCUCCUCGUCGACUCCCAGCUGCCCAACAGGGACAUGGCGCGAGAGCUGCUCACUUCUCUGUGCAGGGACCACCGAAUCGACCAUCAGCUCGCCUUCCUUGCAUCCUCCCCUGCCUCUGCUCGAGGGCUCGUUCGGGCAUUCGCCAAGGCUGCUGCUGUGGUGAGAAAUGGGUAAUUGUGAUGGGUGCAGGAUAGC